AUGACUGUUUAUAAUCUUCCAGACGAUAUAACAUUUACUAAAACGAUUAUAGAACGAGGCCAAGGUCUUCAUACUCCUAAUGAAGGAUCAAAUUGUAAAAUAAUUAUUUAUUUUUCUCCAUGUGAUUAUUCAUUAAAUGAAAAUUUCUAUGCUGAUCUUCUUCCGUUGAACGAAGAAAUAAAUAUUCAUUUAGGAUUUUAUUCUUCAAUAAUUAGUAAUUAUGUACACAAAUGUUUAAUAACAAUGAAACAAAAUGAAUAUUCUCAAUUAAAUUUUAAUUCUAAUGAUAAUCAACAAAUUCAAAUUUCUAUACGUUUAAUUUCAUUUGAACGUUUUCCGGAAAUCUAUUCCAUGUCAAUUAAUGAUCUUUAUGAUUUCGCAUUAAAACAUAAAGAAAAUGCGAAUAAAUUCUUUCAAAAUAAACAUUAUUUUCAAGCUUUUAAACUUUAUCAUCGUUCAUUAUGUUAUAUAUUAAAUUUUGUUAAUGAACAACCAACAAAUGAAUAUUUAGAUAAAUUUAAUCAACUUAUUUUAUCAAUUUAUUCAAAUAUAUCAGCAUGUCAAUUAAUUUAUGGAAAUAAUUUGAAUGUUAUUGAAAAUUGUACAUCAGCACUUGAAAUUAAUUCGAAAUAUGUUAAAGCUUUAUAUCGUCGAGGUUCAGCUUAUGCGAAUUUAAAUGAUUUUGAAUUAGCAUUAAAAGAUCUUCAAUUAGCAAAUCAAAUUGAACCAAAUGAUAAAAAAAUUGAAGAUCAGUUAAAAUUAACACGACAACGUUUUGAACAAUAUAAGAAAACAUUAGGAAAAUCAUUAAAAAACCUCUUUUAA